AGCAGUCUGUUUCCUUGCGUUUCGACGGUGACUCGGUCUUACCUUAUCCUCUUCGUCGAAGCUUUGACUAUUGCCACUUAAUACUCUUCUCUUCUUUUUGUACAAAGGCCGUACACUCAGCCACACUAUCUGCGUUACUUGAUGGUGGCAGGCAUUCCGUGAACGGGUUCCUUAUGUGUAUUGAUCCCGCGUUUGCACUUGUGCAUAAGAGUGAACCUUUUGAAACGUUUAUUUCCGCGACUAUGGAAAAGUGUUAGUGAGUGUUAUGUGGGCGGGUCGUACGGCCGUUGGCUAGAAGAGCGGGCAGCUGUUCAGAGGUCGUGUCGGGUGGGAAAAAAACAGGGAAAAGGGGUGAAACAGAAUGCGAGAGUGAGCGUGAAAGAAGCUGUAUAGUGAGGGAAAUAAAGGCAGGACGAAGAAAAGGAGCGCCGAGUGUCGGCCGUUCAAAAGUUGCUGGGCCACUGCGUCGUCGGUGGCAGUCGGUGACUGGACCUUCUUGUCUUUUGUGUGUCUUUCAACUCGUGGCGGAUUUGACUACGACUUUCUAGUCUCUAGAGAUUCUUGUCGUGUAAUAGAGACUGGACUAGUGGAAAACAUUUGGAAUCCGAUUGAUCCAUCAAACAAGUUGUUGCGUCGUAGCAGUUUGAAAAAAAGUAGACAGCAACACAAUGUCUACAAAGAAAGAAAUGGCCAAGAUUGAUCAGAUGGAAGCGGGAUCUAAUAAACCAAAGUCAGCGGACCCCGUCGGCUACAACAUCAACAGAGCGAAAGGAACAUCUGUAACAAUGGGAGUUCAAACUGUGGAAGUGUCGUCGGUCAAUCGCCCAAGUACUUUGCUGCCGCCGCCAUUAGUACUACCCCCGACGACGACGGAAUCACGUUCAAUUGCAAUCACAGCCAGUGAUGUAGAAAAAGGCGCCACCAGUGCUGAUCAAUGGGGCAAAAAUAUGCAGAGAUGGCGCAACGAUAACAUUGACAUCGGAAAAGCAGACCCUGGUGGACCUGGCAUCUGUGCAUUCAUCUUGACACUCUUCUCGUUCCUGCUCAUUCUGGCAACUUUCCCGCUCUCGCUAUGCUUCUCUGUCAAGGUGGUUCAAGAGUACGAGCGAGCCGUUAUUUUCCGCUUGGGUCGUCUGCUCAAAGGCGGAGCCCGAGGUCCCGGCAUCUUCUUCAUCGUUCCGUGCAUCGAUACUUACCGCAAAGUUGAUCUUCGUACCGUCUCGUUCGACGUCCCACCGCAAGAGGUCUUGUCGCGUGACUCGGUCACGGUGAGCGUAGACGCCGUAGUCUACUACCGCGUCAAAAACCCCAUCAUGGCCACCAACAACGUCGAGGACUACAGCCACUCGACCCGCUUGCUGGCGGCCACGACACUUCGUAACGUCUUGGGUACGAAAAACUUGGCCGAAAUCCUGUCGGAGCGCGAGACCAUCUCUCAUACAAUGCAGAGCUCGUUGGACGAGGCCACCGACCCUUGGGGUGUUAAAGUCGAACGUGUCGAAAUUAAGGACGUUCGUUUGCCGGUGCAACUGCAACGUGCCAUGGCUGCCGAAGCCGAGGCUGCGCGUGAAGCUCGCGCUAAAGUCAUUGCCGCCGAGGGAGAACAGAAAGCCUCACGUGCUCUGAGGGAUGCCGCUGAAGUCAUUGCCGAAUCGCCGGCCGCUCUUCAGUUGCGCUACCUGCAAACGCUCAACACCAUCUCGGCCGAGAAGAACUCGACCAUCAUAUUUCCGUUGCCGAUCGACAUUUUGAAACAUUUCAUCAAACCCGGCAAGGUCGACAAAUACGACCUAUGAGCAAGGAGGAGGAUUUGUUCCGGCCGGAUCGGCAUCACGUCAAAGACACAUUUGCAAUCGACAUAACUUUUUCGGUCAAAGUAUAACGACCGUACUGCCCAAUAAUCAUUGUAAAGCUAAAAGAAGAAGAAGAAGACAAAAAAUAGGAACAGCAUAUUGUGUAUCAUUAAAUUUCAAAAAUGACAUCAGCAUAUAUACAAAAUCACGAGAAAAUUUAUCCGACGCGAGCCAUCACAUACACAUAAUACGCGCAUAGACGGCGAAUCGUGACACACGCUAUACAAGAAUCAACUGAAUACAUUUUUUCUGCCACUGACGAAUAAAAAUAUUUAACCGAAAAACAAAAUGAAAAAAAAAAUGAAAAAAACACGAUUCUUUUUUUUUAAAUAAUAAUAAAAAAACAAAACAAAAAAACAAAAUACCGGCGAAAGGAUUUAUAAUCAAAUAGCGGCCCACCUGAAUUCCCUCCGCCGUCAUUUCAUUAUUUUAUUCUAAUAUAUCCCCUCCCCUUCACUCGAAUUUUAUUAACCGGAUCUUUUUAUUUUUUUCUUCUUUUCUCGUUUGAUUCGAUGAAUUUGCGUUUCCUCGUUCACGAAAUCCGUGGCAUUAAAUUUUCAAUAAGAAUAUGAACUGGCAUAUCUGGCCAUUUCAUCAUCCAUAAAACCCCCUGCGCUACAAAAAUUUGUACAAUUUCGUACAAGUGUGUUUGGCUAAUUUCAUUAUAAAUGACAUAAACAAAUUUUGAUUGUUUUCGAAUAAAUUUUAAGCACGAAUUGGGUUUAUAUAAAUAUUACUAUUAUAAUAACUGUCAUCAUCCCCAUCAUCAUCGGUAACUCUUUAUAAUAAUAAUAAGAAAAUCACUUUUAAUGCUUCAUCCAUGGUUGGGAGAGGGGGAGGGGAUAGUUGUCCAAAUGUAACAUCCCUUCCCUCAUCUCUACGUCUAUUUUUUUUUCCCUCCAUUCCUCUCGUCUGUGUCUCUCGUCUUAUUCCUUUCAUCUUCUUGUUCUCUUUUGUGUACGUCUGGUGCUUGAGAAAGAACGAUGAUUAACAUCGGUGCUGCUGCUGCUGGGUUUUAUUCAUCACUGUGUAAACCUCUUCUUGGUCCACAAUCACGGAGAUUUUCUUUUGAUUCCUCCAUCUUUUUUCUUGAUGGCGGAGCGACUUAGAUUAUAUAACUACAUUCUAUAAUACACUAGUCACUAGUCUUAAUACACACUAUAUCUAUGUUCGGCCCCCCGCCCACUUUAAAUCCCCCCCCCUUUUUUUUCUUUUUGAUGAGAUAAGAAAUAACCCCAAAAAUCUUCUUUUGGAAUUCUGUUAUUUUUAUCAUUAGGCAUUUCUCUCUCUCAAAAAAAUUAAUUAUUAUUAAACAUCAUCAUUAUCAUUGUUAUUAUUACUUAUCUGUUAAUACACGAUUGCAACAAUCA